AUGGCUGGGGAUGCUGAACAGGGUGUACAAAUUCAUCAUCCACAUUCUGAGAAGGAGAAGCAGUUUCGCCAGCAACCCAAAUUUCGGAAAUAUUGCGACCUCGCAACCGGUUACAAGCUGGCGAUGCCCAACGCUCCCUGCAGGGCAAGGCUGAGGAAGCGCGGGCUCGGCGGCUUCCAUCACAGCAAGUGCACCAUUAAGAUGAAACCACUCGCGGCAUUUUGGUCGACGGACCCGCACAAACUUAGCCACGCACUCGAGUAUUGGCCAGCUGAGAUGAAUACCCAGGGCAAUUGGAGGCGCCGGCAGUAUACGCGGACUCGCCAACCCACUUCGACCUGGAGCCGCAAUCGCGAAGGUUGUUAUUCCACAGAUGCAAUCAAUGCUGGACAGUGGAGAGACCGCGACUUCCUGCCACGUGAGAGCCGGCGAUCGAAGGAAGCCAACGCGCAAGCUGGUCAAAGUUGA